AAAAAGGGUAAAAUGAAAAAGGAAAAAAGAAAAGGGAAAAGUGAAAAAAAGAAAAAGGAAAAAGAAAAAAGAAAAAGAAAAAAGGAAGAAAGAAAAAGGAAAAAAGAAAAGAAAAGGGAAAAGUGA